CAAUCUAUUUCCCGCCACGCAUUGCGAUUCUAUGAACAACACGUGAAAAUCCAAAAUGGCCGACCAGAACGAUGAAGACACAACUCCAGCGGCAGAUAUUGUCGUUACUAAGUACAAAAUGGCCGGAGACAUGGUCAAUGGCAUCAUGAAAGAAGUGGUUGCAAAGUGUGUGGCUGGUGAAAAUAUUAACAAUAUCUGUGGGUUUGGGGACUCCAGAUUACAAGAGGAAACAAGCAAGGUGUUUAAGAAGGACAAAGAAAUGAAGAAAGGAAUUGCCUUCCCGACAUGUGUAUCUGUCAACAACUGUAUAUGCCAUUUGUCACCGCUAAAGAGUGACCCAGAAAAAGUGCUGGCUGAUGGAGAUGUUGUGAAGAUUGAUUUGGGAGCACAGGUUGAUGGAUACAUCGCAGUGAUUGCACACACACUUGUUGUUGGUGCUACAAAGGAGAGUAAAAUUAAAGGAAGAAAAGCAGAUGUCAUCAUGGCUGCUCAUUUAGCAUCAGAAGCUGCCCUUCGUUUGGUCAAACCAGGAAAUGAGAAUAAUGUGGUAACAGAUGCAGUUCAGAAAGUUGCUGAAUCAUUCAAGUGUAAACCCAUUGAAGGAAUGCUUUCACAUCAGUUGAAGAAACACGUUAUUGAUGGGGAAAAGGCAAUAAUUCAAAAUCCUUCAGAGGCACAAAGGAAAGAACAUGAAAAAUGCGAGUUUGAGACAUAUGAAAUCUUUGGGGUGGAUGUCUUGGUCAGCACUGGUGAAGGCAAGGGCAGAGAACAGGAGACCAGAACGACAGUUUAUAAAAAGAAAGACAUUGUCUAUCAACUCAAGAUGAAGGCUUCCAGACAAUUCUUAAGUGAAGUAGACAAGAGAUUUGGACUGAUGCCCUUCUCGCUGCGACUGUGUGAGGAUGAGAAGAAAGCCAAAAUGGGUGUUGUGGAGUGUGUAAAGCAUGAACUGAUGCAGCCCUUUACAGUCCUGUAUGAAAGAGACAGUGAGUUUGUAGCUCAGUUCAAGUUCACGGUGAUUCUGAUGCCAAAUGGACCUUUGAAAAUAACAGGACUACCAUUUGAAGAUGAAUUGUAUGAAUCCGAGUAUCAGAUCGAGGAUGAGGAUAUUAAAGGCCUUCUCUCCCAGUCAGCCUCCAGAAAAGCAGCCAAGAAGAAGAAGAAGAAAGCUGGCAAGUCAAUGGCCGAGUCAGCAGAAAAUGCAGAGGACUAAAAUAAGCAAUGAAAAUUAAUUGUCUUUGAAAAAAAUAUUUGUGGUGGUGCAUUGGGGACUUGGAAAAGUAGUCAACUGUAAGAGGAAAAUGAAAUAAAGUAUUACAUAAAAAAGAAAACUUUUCGUACUGCAUGCCACCAUCAGGGGUACUAGGCUACUUGAAUAUUCUACCUGGCAUGGAGAAAGACAAUUUGUUUUCUAAUAAACAGGAAAAUCCUGGUUUGAGAUUGAAUGAAAGGCAUUGUCAUUUUCGUGGUAGUUCUGUCCAUAGUUCAUACACUAGUCCAGAGGAGUGGAUCGUCUUCUCUGAAGAAGAGUCCAUUUUCAGUGCUGAUGUUUAUUUAUGAAGAAUUGUUAAAACUUGUAAUUUAUUUUCAGGUUAUUUUUUAAAUUUUUAUACCCGAAUUUGGAAGAAAAUUAUAUACAUUUGUUUAAUAGAAUAAACUUUUGAUCUGUAAAUUUUGUAUCAUGGAAUACAAUGUGUCAAUUUCACAGUGGAUAUACCGAUUUUGUAUGUUUAUUACAAGGUUUACAAAAUCUGGAAUUGAGUGUAUAAGGUCUGCUGAAUAAAAGUGCUAUUCUGCUA